AUGCUUCGACUAUUCGCUGUCAUCUUCCUACACCUGGCAGGAAUAUGUCUUGCACAGAAUUCCUCGCUGCCCAAAGACUGCACUACCGAGAUCCGACGAAUUGAUGAGGGCUACUUGAUCUACAACUCUACGCGCACAGCCCGCACCAGCUUCGCAGGGCAGAAUCGGCCAUGGUACAUAACCCUCGCUGUAACCGACAGACGCGGACCAGGUAUCGUAUUCGGAGGCGUCGAUACCAGUCAAGAGCUCAGCACUUUCAUAAGCGUUCAUAAAACACUUGCAGACCGGAAGAAUUCAGAUAUACGGGUCUGCCCAUCUAUGCUGGAAGCUUCAAACAGGACCUCCGAGAACCCCCCGGAUAUGGAUGCUUCUGAAAAUACAUCAUACGAGAAUCAUUCAUGCAAAGGCGUCGUUAGCGAGAAAUGCAUCGGUGAAUUCGAGAAUUCAACGCAUGGCAUUCCAGCGGAUGCUACCAAAUGCCCGAGUCUGUAUUCUCUGGACCUCAGCGACGAAUGCAGGGCGCUCCUUUCUAUCAGUCAAACUAUCCCACGGAAUUUCUCCUCGGCGCGCUGUUCACUAGAUAAGAUGCCAUAUCUCGAUCUGCCGGAAGAUUAUUUAACUUUCGGCAGUGGACUGUGGACCGGGCUUAUCGGUGAUGAGGACCGAAAGGAUUUUGACAAGUAUGAUUUGAGGGUCCAGCAGACCAUCCCGUUGCUCAUUUCAGCUGCUGGUACGAAUAGGCUGAUAUGUAUUGCCCCGGACAAGGUUGUUCCAGGUAGUCGAAAGCCCCAGUUGGAGCUGGAAGGUGAUGAUGAUGAGCCAGAAGAAGAUGAGAACUCGGCGUCGCGAGCUGGAGGUUUGGGGGCUGCUAUCCUCCUUGGUGUUGGCGCCAUGAUCUUUAGUCUUCUGUAG